AUAUUUUGCUUCAUGUAAAUUUACUAAAGUUUGCGUGUGGGAAUAUUCGCCAGUAUCUUCUCAUCAGAAUAGUGCUUGAAGGGUUUUUUUGGCCAAAACCUGAUAGUGGCAGAAUCCGGAAGUUUGGCCCUCUAGCGGGUUUCUUGACAGUGAACAUCACAUUGAUGAGUAUUUUUGGCAGUGAGAAACGUCUACUGUAAAUUUUUGUUAGACAAGUAUCCAGCAUGUUGAUCAAAGUGAAGACAUUGACCGGGAAAGAGAUUGAGAUUGAUAUAGAGCCGACAGAUAAGGUGGAGAGGAUUAAAGAGCGAGUAGAGGAGAAGGAAGGUAUCCCACCUCCUCAACAGCGAUUGAUUUUCAGUGGCAAACAAAUGAAUGAUGACAAAACGGCCGCAGACUACAAGGUUGCUGGUGGCUCUGUACUUCAUUUAGUGCUAGCAUUACGAGGAGGAACAUGCUGGUAAUUGGCCUAAGAUAUUUUAUGAACAGUACGUGUAAAUGUGACAAUGUGAUCUUCUUCUGAGUUGGACCUGUCUGGAUAAAAUGUGAACCCACAAUCCCACUCAUCAUCGCAGAGGGAGGCCAUACAGUGUAUGUGGGUCUGGAAUGUAUGCACACUUGUGCUAUGCUGUGGCAUUUUUUACAACAUGGAUUUUUAGACAUUUCAGACAGUUUUUGUGAAGCCACAGCUUUGUAUGUGAUGUCCACAAUGAGAAAGUAAAUUAAGGUGUGAACUGAAUUAUGAAAUGAACAUUUGCUUAAUUCAUUUAAGACUGUAUAGAUUAAAUAUUUUUAAUCUUACAUGUGAUGCAAAAAGUAACAAGGCCUAGUUACUGUAAUUUUUCAACCUUUUGGCAUGUUUGCAAGAUGUUUUUUGUUUCGUUCACACACCCUGAGGGCAUUUUUCUGUGUAGAUUGGUCAAAAUUAAACUUUUUAUGAAGCCUUGAAAUUGGCCAACCCAGCCAUUGUAGCUUUGUCUUCAAAAGAUGCAUAAAUUGCUCUGAAAGUUGCUCUCUCAUAUGCGAAAAGGUUGAGGAAUUAGGGUAGCUUUAAUGUGUUUUGCAAAUUUUAGGACAUCUGUUUUUGUCAUAUGGUAAAGAAUUUCUUUUCCCCUGUGACAUGCUGGCCUGUGUCUGAUCAUACCACCCACUAAGCCAGGCAAAGGCUUGCCUCUUGAUGUUGGAAUAUUUGCUAGUAUGUGUUUCAAAAGACAGAAUAAGUGGAAAGUGAGAAUUUCCAACUUGUGCAGUGCUUUAUUUCAUGGACAGAAACUGGUUUCAUAGAUAUGAUGUUCUUUAUGAUAUAUUAAAACAGAACAGAGAGAAACUUGUGUUCAUUUCAAAGUA